AACAUAUCUGAAUUUGUCUCAUGCUGGUUUUGUGGGCCAUAUUCCAACAGAGAUUUCUUCCCUGACAAGCUACAUAGCCUGCAGGAGCUGAGCAUGUCCAACUGCAAUCUCUCAGGACCCCUUGAUCAUUCCCUGACAAGACUUCGAAACCUAUCAAUCAUUCGUCUUGACCAAAACAACUUAUCAUCCCCGGUGCCAGAAACCUUUGCCGAAUUUCCAAAUUUAACAACUCUUCACCUUAGUUCCUGUGAAUUGACAGGAAUAUUUCCUGAUAAGAUCUUUCAGUUGGCAAGAUUGUCGGACAUAGACUUGUCAUUCAACUAUGAUCUUAAUGGAUCUUUGCCUGAAUUGCCUCCGAAUGGUUCCCUUCAGAAAUUAAUUGUGAGUCACACAAGGUUCUCAGGAGCAUUGCCAGCUUCUAUAGGUAAUCUUAGGCAGUUAUCCAUCUUAGAUCUUUCUAAUUGCCAUUUUAACGGAACACUACCCAGUUCAAUGUCAGGACUAAAGAAACUCACUUCUCUGCUCUUGGCGUCAAAUAACUUCACUGGUCAAAUUCCGUCCCUGAAUAUGUCCAGGAACCUCACGCAUUUAGACUUAUCACACAAUAAAUUCACAGGUUCAAUCACUUAUGUUCACUUGGAAGGCCUAAGAGAGCUGGUCCAAAUUGAUUUACAGGACAACUUACUUGAUGGAAACAUCCCUUCUUCUCUUUUUGCACUUCCAUUGGUACAAAGCAUUCAACUUUCCAACAACCAUUUCCAUGGCCAGCUUGAUGAAUUUUCAAAUAUCUCAUCCUCCGUCUUAGAGAUCCUUGAUUUAAGUAGUAAUGAUCUUGUAGGGCCCAUUCCUCUAUCUAUUUUUAAUCUCAGAUCACUGAAUGUCCUCAAACUAUCUUUAAACAAGUUACAUGACACAUUGAAGCUAGAUGUGUUUCAGGGACUUGAAAAUCUAACUACACUGGCCCUUUCACACAACAACUUGUCAGUAGAGACAAAUCUUACAGAUGUAGGCCAAUUAUCUUCCUUCCACAAUAUUAGCAGUUUAGAGUUGGCUUCCUGCUACCAGACAGAGUUCCCUAGUUUCUUGAGAAACAACUCCAGAAUAACCACUUUAGACCUCUCAAGUAACCAUAUUCGAGGAUCUAUACCAAUAUGGAUAUGGCAACUUCAGUCUCUAGUUCAAUUAAAUCUUUCUCACAAUUUGCUCAGCAGUUUAGAAGGAUCUGUUCAGAACACUGGUUCCAAACUGAAGCUCCUUGACCUUCAUGCUAACCAACUCCAAGGGAAGCUUCAAAUAUUUCCAGUGCAUGCCGUUUAUUUGGACUAUUCAAAUAAUAAUUUCAGUUUCGCUAUUCCGUCGGAUGUUGGUACUCGCCUGUCUUCCAUAGUUUUUCUGUCUCUGUCCAAAAAUAAUUUAUCUGGGAGUAUUCCUCAAUUCUUGUGCAAUAGUUCACAGCUAAAAGUUCUUGAUGUUUCUUAUAAUAACUUCGCUUGGACAAUUCCAGAGUGCUUAAUACAGAGUGUGACAAUUACGGUAUUAAAUCUGCAACAUAACAAGUUUAAUGGCAGCAUUCCAGAUAAAUUUCCAGUAUCUUGUGCUCUGAAGACUCUGGAUCUCAAUAGUAAUCUAUUGAAGGGGCCAAUUCCUAAAUCACUACAAAAUUGCUCAUCAUUAGAGGUGUUGGAUCUUGGAAACAAUGAGGUAGAUGAUGGAUUUCCAUACUUCCUAAAUUCAAUAUCCACAAUCCGUGUUCUGGUUUUGAGGGGAAACAAAUUUCAUGGUCACAUUGAAUGUACUGAUAACAGUACUUGGCCAAUGCUUCAAAUUUUUGAUGUGGCUUUCAACAAAUUUAGUGGUUUACUUCCAGGAAAAUGUUUCAAAACAUUGAAGGCAAUGAAGCUUGAUGAAUAUCAUGAUGCAUCAAAGUUCAAUCACAUAGGAUCUGCGGUCCUUCCAUUUGGUGGUAUAUAUUAUCAGGAUUCUGUGACACUUACAAUCAAAGGUUUGGAGUUGGAGUUUGUUAAAGUCCUAACUCUCGUCAUAUCUGUUGACUUCUCAUCCAACAAAUUUAGUGGAACAAUACCUGAAGAUCUUAUGGAAUUUACUGGACUUUUUGCCCUCAACUUGUCUCAUAAUGGUUUAACAGGCCAAAUUCCUUCAUCUAUAGGUAAUUUAAAAGAGCUCGAGUCAUUGGACCUGUCAUGCAACCAUUUGCAUGGAGAAAUUCCAACACAGGUUGCAAGUUUAAAUUUCCUCUCAUACCUAAACCUUUCCUAUAAUUAUCUGGAAGGGAAAAUCCCUGCAGGUACCCAGCUUCAAACGUUUGAUGCAUCUUCCUAUGCUGGUAAUGCAGAUUUAUGUGGAAGUCCUUCUUCGAAACUGUGCCAUGAUCGGCGCAAUUCAAAAUCUGAAGUAUAUACAGAUUCUGGUGUUAAAUUUGACUGGAUAUUUGUAUCAAUUGGAUUGGGUUUUGGGGUUGGAGCAGGAAUGGUCGUGGCUCCAUCAUUAUUUAUGGAGAGACUGAAAAAAUGGAGCAACCACAAAAUCGAUAAAGCUCUCCUCAUCAUUCUUCCAGUGUUUGGUUUGACUUGGAUACCCAUUGAUGAUGAUGACGAUGAUGAUACAGAGGAAGAUACUAAGGAAAGCCACCCAGAUAUGAAAGAGAGUUAUGAUUACAAUGAGAUGCAUAAUAACUUAGUCCAUCAAAGGUUUCGUGGGCAGUACUGCGCCUUAUGCUCCAAGCUUCAUAUCAGUAACAAGAAGGUAAUCCAUGAUCCCAGGUGUACAUGUUUCCCAUCACCUCCCAUUUCAACAUCAACUUAUCUAGAUUCAUAUUCUUCUCAUUCACAUUCAGGAUGAAAAUAUGCACAUCUGUUUCUUUUGUUCCCUUUAUUAUUUGUUCAGAUUACAUACAUGUACGUACCUCUCUGAUUGUUCCCUUCAUUCUUUGUUCUAUUUUGUAUGCACCUGCACACGGAAAUUAAACCCAA